AUGAUAAGAAAUCGAUUGGCAUCAAUUGUACAUGAAGGAUGGACUGUUACUGGCCAGCAACCACGUCAAGCCGCAAAAUGUUUAUUGUCCAUUUCAUCAAUGCCUCGCCAGCUCAAGCCCGAUCAACUUCUCACACCUGUGCCAUCUGAUAUCGACAUCAGCGACUCUAUUGUACCGUUACACAUUACGGAGAUUGCCCAUGCCGCCGGGAUCCUUCCAGAGGAAGUGGUGCCAUACGGCUCGACAAAAGCUAAGAUAUGUCUAAGUGUGCGGGAGCGGCUUAUGGAUCAGCCCAAUGGAAACUACGUUGUCGUCACAGGCAUCACUCCUACACCACUGGGUGAGGGUAAAAGCACAACAACGAUCGGCUUGUGCCAGGCAUUAGGUGCCCAUCUCAACAAAAAGGCAUUUGCUUGCAUUCGCCAACCUUCGCAAGGUCCUACGUUUGGCGUCAAAGGUGGAGCUGCAGGUGGUGGCUAUUCUCAAGUCAUUCCUAUGGACGAAUUUAAUCUCCACUUGACGGGAGACAUUCAUGCAAUUACUGCUGCUAAUAAUUUGUUAGCUGCAGCUAUCGACACCCGGAUCUUCCACGAGAACGCGCAAAGCGACAAGGCAUUGUUCCAUCGGCUUUGCCCACUACAAAAGGAUGGUUCUCGCAGGUUUUCGCCUAUCAUGCUCAAGCGACUGCAAAAGCUUGGCAUUGUAAAAGUCUCUCCUGCUGAUCUGACAGACGAAGAAAUUCACCGUUUUGCGCGUCUUGACAUAGAUCCCGAUACAAUCACAUGGCAACGUGUGCUAGAUACAUGCGACCGAUUCCUACGACAAAUUGUUGUAGGCACUGGAUCUACUGAAAAGGGUCAGAGCCGCUCAACGGGUUUUGACAUUACCGUUGCGAGCGAGAUCAUGGCCAUUUUAGCGCUUACAACUAGUCUGAAGGACAUGCGCGAGCGUCUUGGACGUAUUGUUAUUGGUAUGAGUCGUAAUAACAAUCCAGUGACGGCGGACGAUUUGGGUGUGGGUGGUGCACUCGCUGUUCUCAUGAAAGACGCAAUCUUACCAACACUCAUGCAGACGGUCGAAGGCACACCAGUAUUUGUACAUGCUGGACCAUUUGCCAAUAUAGCUCAUGGCAAUUCAUCCAUUAUUGCUGACCAAAUUGCACUAAAGUUAGCAGGUGAAGAUGGAUUUGUGGUCACUGAAUGCGGAUUCGGAGCUGAUAUUGGCAUGGAAAAGUUCUUUAAUAUUAAAUGCCGGACAAGUGAACUGACUCCCCAAUGUGUUGUGCUUGUCUCAACGAUUCGUGCGCUGAAAAUGCACGGAGGUGGCCCAAAUGUGGUCGCAGGCAAACCGCUUGACGCCGUGUAUAUCGAGGAGAAUCUGGAAAUGCUAGAGCGUGGUUGUAAUAACAUGCAACACCAUAUCCGCAAUGCUCUUAAGUUUGGCGUAGCUGUUGUUGUGGCAGUAAAUGUGUUUGCUACCGACUCACCGCGUGAAGUGGAAAUUGUAAAGCAGAAAGCUUUAGAGGCUGGAGCGAUGGCUGCUGUGGAGAGCACUCACUGGGCUGAAGGUGGAAAAGGAGCUAUCAAAUUAGGGCAAGCUGUCGUAUCUUCAUGCGGCAAGAUGCGUGCGCAGGGCAGUCCGUUUAAAUUUCUGUAUCCCCUGGAACUGAGCAUCGCUGAAAAGUUUGAAGUUAUAUGCAAAGAAAUUUACGGAGCAGACAGUGUCGAAUAUAGCGAAAUAGCGAUGAAGAAACUUGCACUUUACUCGCAGCGUGGGUACGGCAAGCUUCCUGUAUGUUGUGCUAAGACUCAUUUAAGCCUAAGUACGGAUCCGUCCGCUAAGGGCGUGCCCACGGGCUUUUCGGUCGUUGUACGGGAUGUUCGCGCCUCUAUCGGGGCUGGCUUUGUCUAUCUUUUGUGUGGUGACAUGAUGACGAUUCCUGGCCUUCCCACACGUCCUGGAUUCUAUGAUGUUGACCUGGACACAGAGUCUGGCAAGGUUAUUGUUCGAUGUUCACAUUUAAAGGUCGCUAUGGAAGUGCCAUCGAAUGAUGUCCGCUUUCAAAUGGAACUCGAGUUCGUUCAGUGCCUAGCCAGCCCUGCCUACCUUAACUUCCUUGCCAUAAACCGCUACUUCGAGAAUCCAGCCUUUAUGAACUACCUGCAGUAUCUCAAAUACUGGAAGCAGCCGCAGUAUGCCAAAUACAUUGUGUACCCACAUUGUUUAGCUUUCUUGGACAUGCUGGACGACGUAAGAUUUCGUCAGAUGAUUGCACGUGAGGACUUUAUGACACUCGUGCACGGCCAGCAGUUCUACCAUUGGCAAACAUUUCUCAACAACCGUUCGGAGGGAAAGCCCCACGAGGCGAUAGCAGAGACGAACUAG